AUGGCGCACGAUUACCGCUCACCACUCGACAACGCGGACGAAGAGCUGGUAAAGUACAAGAACCCGUACCUCAAAGGCAUGGGAGAUCAGAGCAUAUGUACCAUCUGGCCGACCGAUGCACCUACAGACUACAUACGCAGCGCCACUGUCUUCCUCGAAGCCGAAAACGCAAAUCCCGAUUCGCUAAUCCACCAAGACCCUCCGCUACCCAUCCCACCAGAUCCCGACGACAACUCACUCAGACCCCUCAAAACCGACGACGAUGUCUUCGACGCUGCUCGUAUAUGGCUCAAAUGUCCUCUCGAUCACGCCAUCGUGAUGAAAUAUCCUACUCAACUCGUGCAACUCAAUGGAUUGCUCAUGACUAUCAAGUGGCUAUGUCCAAACACACUGGAUGGCAUAACUGAAGGUGACACGAUCGAUCGGCGGUGGGUGGACGAGCCAAAGGCCUACAAAUGCUCAUACGUUGCUCUUUGCGAUUACGACAACCUCGUUCUUUUAAGGUUCGGAAACGUCUUGGGGAUUGAAGGAGUUCGGGUCACCGCCGUUCCAAGAGAUAGUAUGCGUCUGGCGUUCUUGGGAUUCCUACUUGAAGCGUGCGAUGUUGUUUUGGGUGAGCCAGGUAGUGGCCUGUCUUGA